AUGGGACGAUCCCAACGACUCUAUAUUUAUAUAUUAAUUGGUUUUUUUAUUUGGUUUAUAGUUUUUAUUAGUCAAAUUUUAUAUUUUUCAUCAUUUUCUGUUCAUAAUUAUUGUUGGUUUUCAUCUUGUAAAAAUAUUUUCGUCUCAUCUCGAAUUCCUCCUAACAACCAACAGAAAAUUUUAUCUUCCUAUGAAAAAUCUCUUCUAACACGUAUUCACCAUCAACCUCUUUUACAACAAUAUGAAUCUCGUCAUGUUAAUUUUCUUCAUCUAAUUAAACCAUCAGUAAAACCAAAUAAAUAUUUAAUUUAUACAUGUAAUCAACCAUGUGGUGGUUGGGGUGAUCGUACACGAAAAAUAGUUGGUGCUUAUUUAUUAUCAUUAGCAUUAAAUCGUACAUUUCUCAUAAAUAUGACAUGGCCAUGUUCCAUAACAAAUUUAUUAGAACCAAAUUUUAUACAAUGGAAUCAAACAAUAAAAAAUCUUUCUCAACGAACAAAUCGUACGAUUGAUAAACUUACUUCAUCGGAUAAAGAUUAUGAUGAUGUUUUAUCAUGGAAAAAUAUUGAUAUAAUCUAUUUUAAAGUUAAAGAUUUAAGUUAUUAUCGAUUAAUAUUAUGGCGUGAUGAUUUUUAUCGUAAUCUUGAUUUAGAUUAUGGUUUACAUCGUUCAAUAUUAUUUGUUCAUAGUAUAUUUACAUUAGUAUAUGAAUUAUUAUUUAAAUUAAAACCUCAUCCACAAUCUCAUAUGGAUGAAAUAGCAGAAAAAUUUUCUUUAAAUUCACUUCAAUGUGCACAUAUACGUAUUGGAAAAAAUCCAUCAAAUCCAAAUGAUGUUGUUUUUCCAAAACGUGAACAUAUGAAUACUAGUGUAAUAGGAUUUUUAAAAAAUAAUUCUAAAUCACAUGAAAUAAUAUUUGUUUCAACUGAUUCUGAACAAGUACAUACAUAUGCAAAACAACAAUUUCAUUCACGUUUAUUAACUGUCGAUGGUAUGAUACGUCAUAUUGAUCGAUCAGGAAAAAAAUUUGCUUGUCAUGGUUUAGAAAAAACUAUAUUAGAUUUUUAUAUGAUUUCACAAUGUCGUACAAUGAUUAUGAGUAAAAGUGCUUUUAGCUUUUGGGCAAAUAUGCGUCGAUUGAAACCUUAUGAAAAUUUAUAUUUAUAUUGUGAUGGAAUUAAGAAAAUACAUGGUACAAGUGAUUAUGAUCGAUAUCCUUAUGUAUCAUCAUUGUCUUGUUAUCAAUGUUCAUCAAUUAAUGGAACUAAUCCAAUCUGUGAAGAUUCAUUUCAGGGAGAUAUAGUUGGUAAACCAUCACUUCUUCAUACUCCAUGUAUGACUCAAUUACGUGACCGUAAAGGUUUCUUUCCUGCAACAUAUUGUAUUAAAUUAGUUGCUUACUCGGAUGACUCUAAGCCUAUUCAAUAUAUAUAUCGAACGUGUGGUCGAGAAGAAGCUGAUGAUAAUGGAAUAAAUCGUGUUAGUCAUUGUGGUUUUAUAAAACUUCAUUGGAUUCAUCCAUUUAGACGAUUUCGAAGUUGUUUACAUAUAUGUGAUAAAGAUGCGUGCAAUCAAGCUAAUUAUUUUAUUUAUUCAAUGUGGAAAAUUAUAUUUUGUUUUAGUUUAUUAUUUAUAAAUUCAUAUGAAAGCUUUAUAUAA